UAGAUGAAGCGCCGGAGCAGGAGGACACCAUCAAAACAGUUGCAGAAGAAAGUCAAGAAGAAGACAUUUUAACUCAAAAUGUUACAUGCAGCGAAGAAGUCCUGCAGAAUGCUAAAACAGAGCUGCGCACAGCUGAAUUCCCAGAUGCGAUACAAGUGGAUGUGGUUCAGGACGCUGAUGUGCAAACCAAAACAAGAGAGGUAGUUGAUGACGAGACAGAAAUCCAUAGCAUGGUGAUUAAGGAAACAACUGAUGUGACAAUGACACACAUUUCAGUAGAUGAGGGACUUUUUGAGAAAGAUCAAGAAGAAGAGGAGAGGCUCUUCCGUGAAGUAGACAACGAAGAAAGUGUCAUAGAAAAAGCAGGUACAAUGACCUCAGUUGCGGUAAAAACUGAAGGCGAGACGCGACAGGAAAUGAGUGCAGCGUUUAAAAAUAUUCACCUGGGGAUAUGUGAAGGCCGGCUUGUUGUCUCGCAGGAGCUAAACUUUCCAACUUAUGAGGAAACACAAGAGGGAGUUCCUGAGUACAACAAUGUGCCUGGGUCAGAUGACAAUACAACACAAAGGUUCCUGGAGGAAGGAGAUUGCGAGAAAAUCCAGGGCAGCCAAUUACCAGAAGAGGUGGAGAGCAAAGAGCCGGAGAGACUUCAAAACAGUGGCUGUGGAACCGGUGCUGACUAUUUACUGGUGACGGAGCAUAUGGAAGAGGAGCAAGAAAGCACACGAGAUGUUAAGAACAGCUUUGAUGCUGGAUUGCCUCAAGAAACAGAGAAACUACUUGCCGAAGCAGUAACUCAAGAAUCAGGACAUUUAUUUGAGGAAGAGGAAGGAGAACUACUGGCUGACUCAAUGAAGACGGGCAUCGAACAAUUUGAGUCAGACGUUGGCUUUACAGAAGAGAUCGAUAAGGCGGCAAAAGAGCCGCAAGAUGGGUCUGAAGAGAUUUUGGUUGAAUAUGACAUCAACGAAGGGUUAUGUGAUUCCAAAGUAGCUGAUGCUGCUGGAGGUGGCAGUGAGACGACAGGAGCUUUAACAGCAGAGGAAACGUUCCUCAGGGCUGAAGGACAGAAGAUGACAGAGACAAGCUUCCUUCAGGAAUCCGUAGAUGCCCUGAGCUCAGAGCAAAACAGUGACAUGACUCCUAGUUUACUGGAAGACAUAACUGAAUCUGGAUUCCUCAGACGGCACGAUGAGACCGAGACUAAACUACUAGAAGAUGUAGAAAUGCCAGAUGCAGGGAUAGGUGUGGAAGAAACGGGUUGUGAAGUUGAGCAGUUUGCACCAGAAGGUGAAAUGCAGAGCAAAAAUGAGAUGGAGAUUUUACAUCUGCAGGUAGUGGGACUGGCAGAAUCUGGAUUGUCUCCACCAGUUGGGUCACUGGAGACAAGAAAUCAACAGUCAGCCGAAGCACUUGAGAUGUUAACAGACUCUGAAUCGGCUGAUGAAUCAAAGACAGUAGAGUCUGGAUUUUUGGACCAGUCUCUCGGUGAAUCGGGAGCUCAUAACAGUGGAACUCAGCUACUGAUAUCAACUAGCAGCGGGUCAUUUCAAGGCAUAUAUGACACGUUGGCUAUUGUGUCAGAAUCAGCAGACAUCUCUGAAUUAUCUACCCAACAACCUAACUCUGAAUCUCAGGAUAUAUUGAUGGAGGAAGCAGCUGAGACCGAGCAAUGGUAUCUGAAAGAGAAGGAAUCAUUCGCUGAGUCAGGAUUUCACCCUGAUUCAGGAGUCCCGUCACCAGAGGCCAGACAUCUGAAUCAGGAAUCAGAUAAAUCACCUGAAAAAACAGACGAAGAAGAGGUUGAAUCAGCGGAGACUGAAACUGUAUCAGAGAAAGAGAUCGAUGCUGAGGUAUCCGACCGGAAAGACACUGAAGAAGCAGAAGCUAAGCCACCGACAGAAAUGAGUUCUCUAUUCGAGGUCGAGAAAACAAAAGCUGAAGAUGAGCCUCUUGAGGUGACUGCGUCUGACUCUCCGGAUGAAAUCAAACACACAGAAUCAGGACGAUCUAGAUCCGCCUCAGAGGCGUCGUCAGAGGAUGAGAUCGUGUUGACGGAAUCUGGUUCACAAGGCGACACCUGCACUGAAUCCAAGAGGAAGUUGCUCUCAGUGGACGAACCACAGCCCGGGUGGUCAGAAGAUGUUGCUGAAUCAUUACUUGGGCUAAACAGGGCUGAAGUGGCAGGACAGCCAACCACAAAGUCUGAAGAUCAGAUGGCGGUGGACAGCUCUGCGCUUGACUUCACUGCGCAAAGGUCGAGAAUUUCUGUUAAAAACCCUCGUGUAAGGCCACCCAAAGAUCCCCGCUCCCUUCUACAUAUGCCCUCAUUGGAUCCCACACCCUCUCCACAUCUGUCUGCCAAAGUCCCCGCAGGUGUGCCUUUGGGAGGCUUGGGCUUUCGAGUAAAACUGCCAGGGCUUGGCGCAGGAUUUCCUGUUUUAAAAAAGACACAACGGGUGGCGAGAGAUGAAAGUAGUCCAAACACCCUCUCACAGGAGACAAAGCCAGAGGAGAGGAGUGACACUCACACCCAGGAUGAGGCACAACACAAACCUAAAUGGAUGCCACCAAGACAUCCAGGAUUUGGAAACCCACUUAUGUCCGAGCUGAAAACCAAACUAAAGAAAACCGCAAAAGAGUGAGAAGACGAAUUCUGAUGCUUUGUAUGAAUUUAAAUAUAUUAUGCAAAUUGAUGAUUUUUUGUGCAUUUAUGAAACUAAACACAGUGAAAUGUCCAUUAAGUCAAUUAUUUGCGCUAUGUUUUGUAAUAAAGUUUAACUGAAAAAAUAAGUGGAAUUUAUUUAUACACAGUGCAUGAACAUGUGCAUGAAGUGGGGACUUUGCUGUGUUUUCAGCAGACAUAAGUCUCAAAUCUCUCUGAGGUGCAAAAGGACAAAAUAAACUAUUGAAGUCCACAUUGAUGCUGGUUGUGUUGUUGACUGAGUGCUGGUGG